UGCAGAUGCUUUGCUGGCUUCAUACACACGUAUCGUACCCACGUGGAGUCAUGCUGUGCUGCUGGAGAUGCACUCAGAGAAGUGCUUGCUGUCUGACAAGAUCUGGAGGGUUGCUAUCAGUGAGAGGUCAUGGACAAGUCAGCAGGAGCUACUCACAGCCCAGACACGACUGGGAGAGGCUGGAAAAGGAGAACAUACUGACUGUACCUAACUUGCUGUCAGUGGCUCGCAUUGCCUUGUCCCCAGUGACUGGCUACCUGGUGGUGGAGGGAAACUACUCUUGGGCUAUCAGCUUAUUUGCUAUCGUCGGAGUCACUGAUAUUUUAGAUGGUUAUAUUGCUCGAAAGUUCAAGGGUCAGUCUUCAAAUCUAGGCUCUGUACUGGACCCUCUGGCUGACAAAGUGUUUAUGAGUGUAGUGUGUGUAAGCAUGACCUACGCUGGACUACUACCUGUCCCUCUCGUGGUGUUGGUCCUGGGACGAGAUGUUCUGUUGAUAGGGGCCAGCUUCUACCUUCGCUACACCACCCUCCCCCCACCACGUACAUGGAGGAGGUAUUGGGACAUUCAGAGGUCCACUGUGCAAGUCACCCCCAAUACCCUCGGGAAAGUGACGACUGGUCUGCAACUAAUGAGUGUAGGAGCACCCCUCUUGUCCGCCAUGUGUCAGGCAACGACCACACCCCUGCUACAGACUCUAUGGGUGUUGACAGGAGUGGCUACCAUCAGCUCUGGAGUGAACUACCUGUUCAGAAUGAAAGGGUUCAAGAUAUUGAACAAACCACCAUAGUUACAUGUACCUAAGAUUCAUCACUGACUCAUGUUAUACUUCUCAAUAAAUUUAUAAUUAUUUUUUGUCACUACCUGAAAUUAAUAAAAAAUUCCAAUUAUUAAAAAACAAUAAC